CCGGCUCUGCGGACUCAAGGAGAGAAAGGAAAAUUGCUUCUCAGCUUAACAACACUUGAGCCUAAAAAGUCAUAAUUAUCUGUACACAGGUCCACAUCUGCCUCCACAUGCAGAUCUCAAUGAAAUGAAUAAAGCAUCACAGCCUAUAACGGGACCCCCCUCCACACCCCACCCUGCCCCCUCCCCCGGCCUCUCACAGCCCUCCUUUCCCUCUGGGCAACCAACCUCUGUCGUGUUUGCCACCCCUCCUCCUCCAAUGAACCCCACUCCACAGCCCCGACAGUUCACCCCUGGGCCCCGGUCUAUGCACCAACAGCCCUACUACUCAAACAGAGCGAGCCUCCCCCCCAAUAGUGGACCUCGUGGGGUUCCUCCCAGCAGUGGUCCAAGGCCCGUCCCCCCCACACACGUGUACCAGCCAGGCUCACAGAUGAUGAUGAUCCCUGGGCCUUUCCCUAGCUCACCACAGGGACCUUAUUUCAUGCAACCACAGUACCGACCGGCGGGUUACAUUGCCACGCCGCAGCAAUACCCUGGACCAGCGGGAACACCGGGCUUCUACCCAAGCAGUAGUCCAGCUGAAUACAACAACUUUGCUCCAGCGGGAGCAUACUACCCGGCGCAGCAGUUUCCCCCCUCGGUGCAGCCCACACCCGUUCUCAUCAACCCUGGAGCCCAACAGCAACAGCCCCCUCCUCAGCCCCCUCAACACAUCCCCACCAAACGUGAACGCAGACAGAUCAGAAUAAGAGACCCAAACCAAGGCGGCCGUGACAUCACCGAGGAGAUUAUGUCCGGUGGCCGAAGUGGGUCCACACCAACACCUCCACAAACAGCCCUAUCUGGAUCAGAAGGUACAGCCAAUGGUGAGAGUGUCCCAGCUGCUUCUGCACCACCUCUGGUCAGACCAGAUGAUCGAGGGAAACCUUCGCCGCCUCCUCGAUCAAAAACGCUUGAGCCCUGUAAACCCUGUCCCGUGUCCUCAGAGAUCUCUGAAAGUAACACUAUCCCCUCUGUGUCUGACGCAGAGGACACCCCACUCAGCACUAACACCUCACUUUCUGUUUUGGACAUAAUGGAUCCUUUGCCCCCUACUCCCCGAGACCCCAGCCCUCCUCUACAGUCAGCCCCCGAAAUCCCUGCAUACCCUGCACCCUUACCCGACCCUAUCCCAUCCACAGUUGCACAAGAACAGAACACCUCAGAAUCUGAGGAAGAGGAGGAAGAGCAAAUAGAGGAAUUAGAAAAGACUGUUCCUUCGUCAAAUGGUGUUGUAGAGACUGCAAUAUCUCCUGUAACAAUGCCACAAAACCACCUGGAAGCUCCACUUGAGUCUCCCAUUGCACAGCCAGAGGAGCUGCGCCUGCCAAAUGGUCUGCCCCUGCCCGCCCCCCAAGACCCCGAGGCACCAGCCUCAAGCACAGCCGAGCGGGAUGACAGCCCUAUUGCCGAACCAGAAGAUGUCCAACAAUAUGAGAAUGUACCUGAACCUGUCAAUAUAGUACCCAUUGCACAAACUAUCCCACCAGAGCAUAAGGACUCUGAAUUUGUCCUGGAGCCUAUAGUGGAACCUGAAAUCCCAGAGGUUAAGGCAAAAAUCCAAGAAACGCUUCCUCCAGUCGCAUCCAAAGUUACAGAAGAAAAGACCGAUUCUCCCGAGGUACAAGCUGAAGUGAAGCAAGAGAAAGAGGAAACAAAAGCUCCAGUAGAAGCAGCCCCUGAGCCUGAGAGUGCCCCAGAAAUAGUGCCUCCUGCUCCCACGGCUGAGGAGAAAGUGGACACCCCGCCUCCUCCUACAACCAUGCCUGCCCCUGUGGAAACUACUAUGCAAGCUGCUGUGUCUGUGCCAAAGAAAAAGAGGAAAAUGAAGGAACUGAACAAAAAGGAAGCAGUGGGGGAUCUCCUGGAUGCAUUUAAGGAGGAGCAGGUGGUGGUUAAACCUGAACCGGAGCCUGUUUUAGCCCCCGAGCCCCAGGCCCCUACAGCCCCUCCCACUCCAGAGGAGGCGGAGCUCACCUGGGAAGACAAGGAGGAUAAGCUGGAUGCGGAGAACAUUCAGCCAGAGCCACUGAAGGCCAGCAUCACUGACAAAAAGUACCAGUACAAAGAGGACAAUUGGAAGCCAAUAAACCCAGAGGAGAAGAAGAAGUAUGAUCGAGAGUUCCUCCUGGGUUUCCAGUUCAUUUCAGCCAGUAUGAACAAACCUGUGGGUCUGCCCGCCAUUAGCGAUGUCGUCCUGGAUAAGGCAAACAAGACGCCCCUGCGGCAGCUCGACCCGAGCCGUUUACCAGGAAUGAACUGUGGUCCCGACUUCACGCCUCCCUUUGCCAACCUCGGCCGGCCGGGUAUGGGAGGAGGCAGAGGACCACCUCCGGGAAUGGGCAUGGGCGUGGGUGGUCCACGGCGGUCCCAACAGAUGCAGCGCAAAGAGCCAAGGAAAAUCAUCACCAGCAUGUCCCUGAACGACGACAUCCAGCUGAACAAGGCGGAGAAGGCCUGGAAGCCCUCUGUGAAGAAGCCCACGCGGAGAGGGGAGGAGAUGGAGCAGGAUGACCCUGAACACCAGAAAACCCAGGAGCUGUUCAAACGAGUGCGCAGCAUUCUCAACAAACUCACACCACAGAAGUUUCAGCAGCUGAUGAAGCAGGUGACCGAGCUGACCAUAGACACCGAGGAGAGACUUAAAGGAGUGAUUGACCUCACCUUCGAAAAGGCCAUCUCCGAACCCGACUUCUCUGUAGCCUAUGCAAACAUGUGUCGCUGCCUUAUGGGGCUCAAGGUCCAGGCCACAGACCAGCCUGGAGUCACUGUGAAUUUCAGAAAGUUACUGCUGAAUCGCUGUCAGAAAGAAUUUGAAAAAGACAAAGAUGACGACGAGAUCUUUGAGAAAAAACAGAAGGAGCUGGAUGCAGCUGCCUGUGAUGAGGAGAAGCAGCGGUUGACAGAGGAGCUGGAGGAGGCUAAAGACAAAGCUAGGAGGCGCUCUCUGGGAAACAUUAAGUUCAUUGGAGAACUGUUUAAACUGAAGAUGCUGACAGAGGUGAUCAUGCAUGACUGCAUCGUCAAACUGCUCAAGAACCAUGACGAGGAGUCUCUGGAGUGUCUGUGCCGACUGCUGUCUACCAUCGGGAAGGACCUGGACUUUGAGAAGGCCAAGCCUCGCAUGGAUCAGUAUUUUAAUCAAAUGGAGAAGAUCAUCAAAGAGAGGAAAACCAGCUCAAGGAUCCGAUUUAUGUUACAAGACGUUCUGGAUCUGCGACGGAACAAUUGGGUGCCAAGGCGAGGUGACCAGGGCCCUAAAACCAUUGACCAGAUCCACAAAGAGGCAGAGAUGGAGGAGCACCGUGAACAUAUGAAGGUCCAACAGGCACUGAUCUCCAAGAAGGACUCUGGAGGUCCCGGGGGCAGGAUGGGAGGGAGUGAACGGGGAGGGCGAGGCACCCCAGGCCGUGGAGUGCCCCCACAGGACGAGGGCUGGAACACUGUGCCCAUCUCUAAAAACAGACCCAUUGACACGUCUCGCCUCAGCAAAAUCACUAAGACUCCUGUACUUGACUUCAACAAUCAGCUUCUUGCCCCUGGAGGUAAAGGCACAUGGGGCAGCUGGGGCAAAGGCAGCAGCGGCGGCACUAGCACUAAACCUGUAGAAACUGGCUCAGAAUCAGGCAGUAGAGCGGCCACACUGAACCGGUUCUCAGCUCUGCAGCAGUCUUCCUCCUCAGUCUCACCCAUGGACUCAGACAGAAGAGUUCCUCAAAGACAUAGCUCCAGCCGAGAGCGCGGAGAUCGGUACGAGCGCUCAGACCGCGGCGGGGACAGGUACGACCGGCGGGACGACCGGCGGGACGACCGGCGGGACGACCGGCGGGACGACCGGCGGGACGACCGGCGGGACGACCGGCGGGACGACCGGCGGGACGACCGCAACAGAAACAGGCUCCAGUUGACGAAGAGGAGCUUCAGCCGAGAGACUGAAGAGCGCAGCCGAGAGAGAGAGCAGCGCGGAACCAACGACCCCGUGCGCCGAGUGGCCAGUAUGACCGAUGACCGGGACAGCAGGGAGAGGGCGCGCAGCAAAGACAAUGUGCAAAAGGAGAGAGCCACGCCUCCUCCUCAACCCCCCACCAAACCUGCCUUAACAGAAGAAGAACUGGUAAAGAAGUCUACAGCCAUCAUUGAGGAGUACCUACAUAUUAAUGACAUGAAGGAGGCCCUGCAGUGCGUGCAGGAGAUGAAUUGCCCUCAGCUCUUGUAUGUUUUUGUCCGGAGCGGUUUGGAGUCAACUCUGGAGCGUAGCACGAUCGCCCGUGAGCACAUGGGUCUGCUACUGCACCAGCUCAUCAAGAACAGCACCCUCUCAAAACAACAGUAUUUCAAAGGCCUUCAGGAGAUCCUGGAGAUGGCUGAAGACAUGGCCAUAGACAUCCCUCACAUCUGGUUGUACCUGGCGGAGCUCAUCACCCCCAUGCUCCACGAGGGAGGCAUUCCUAUGGGAGAACUCUUUAGAGAAGUGGCCAAACCUCUGAUCCCUCUAGAGAAAGCUGGAGUCUUACUGGUCCAGAUGCUCACUUUACUCUGCAAAGGAAUGAGCCAUAAAAAGGCAGGUGCGAUGUGGAGAGAAGCCGGUCUCAAAUGGAAAGACUACCUACCUGAAGAUGAAGAUGUCAAUAAGUUUGUGACAGAAAAGAAUGUAGAGUUCACUCUUGGAGAAGAGUUGGAGAAGAAUAAAAAGUCUGAGAUGAGUCCGUCUGAGUUGACGCAGCAUCUGGACCGACUGAUUCAAGACCAGGCCGACAACCAGAGGGUCUUUGACUGGAUCGAGGCUAACCUGGAUGAGAAGCAGACCUCCUCCAACAUGUUUGUGAGAGCGCUGAUGACCUGCAUCUGUCAAUCAGCCAUCAUAUGUGAGAACCCUUACAAAGUGAAUACCGACGUGAUCAAACAGCGGUCGAAGUUGCUGCUGAAGUUUCUGAAGGACGAACAAAAGGAGCUGCAGGCCCUGUAUGCGCUGCAGGCCCUCAUGGUGCAGAUGGAGCAGCCCGCAAAUCUGUUAAGGAUGUUUUUUGACACGCUGUACGAUGAAGAUGUGAUCAAAGAGGAGGCCUUUUAUAAGUGGGAAUCGAGUAAAGACCCCUCAGAGCAGUUGGGAAAGGGGGUCGCACUCAAGUCCGUCACCGCCUUUUUCACCUGGCUACGAGAGGCUGAAGACGAGUCUGAUAACAGCUAAGCCCCACCCCUAAACCAGAGAGGACUGUGGGUAACGAUUCAGAGGAGGGUCUGAAUCGGCAAAAAUCCUUCUGCUUAAACAGAAAAAAGCAAGAAAAAAAUUCUUCAACUGGGAGAGAUUGUAUUAUGGAUCGCACGUUCGAUCAUGUUAUUUUUUGUUUUCUUUUACUUUGCGUUUUCUUGUCUUUUGUCCAACCGAAUGUCUUUUUUUAAAAGAUCUAAAAACAGGAUUUAUUAGAGUGUAGAUGUGAGAAUGCUGAAGAGCGUUACGCGUGGUUGUAGAAGAUGCCGUUUUUGUUUUGUUUUAUUGUGAUUCAAAAUGGCUCCUCUUCAUCGCGGCAACACUAUCAAGAUACUUUGCUUAAGAGAGAUAUAGACUUUAAAAGCUGUUUCUUCUAUAUUUUUGAUGACUUCCUCCAUGUAUCAUGUGGACACGACUCUUCUAUGGUCUAUGGUCUACACAACACGCUGAUGUAGUCCGCCUGCUCAGCUUCUGUCUCUGGUGUUGAAUGAGUGAAGUGUGCGUUUUUUAAUAAAACAAAAAACUACAAAGAUAAGUGAAUGUGACCUAGAGUUGUUAAACCACAUUUCGGAUGUGUAACGGUUGUGGUCUCCUGAGGAUUUCACUAAAGAUUUACUUUGGGGAGAUGUUGAACUUUCAUGACCAUUUUGCUGCUGGAGGGCACCCCCUUCCUGUCACCUCAUCUACUUCACCCAAAACAUCCCAUAAUGCAUCCAGUUUACCCCUCUGUGCUCAAAAACUGAUUCUGUAUGGACCUGGACAACUGCCCUACCUGCAAAACCUGAUGAUGGAUUUUUUUU